AUGUUCUCUUUUUUUAGUUUAUUAACUGAUUUGAAUCAGUAUAUCAAAUCUUCUUCAAAACUUACAGUUGGAUCACAGAGUACUACUAUUCUGGAUGAUCUGUCAGAUCAUUUGGAGUUUUCCGGAUGUUAUUUUCAAAUAAUUUUUGAUGAAAAUAAACCAUUUCAUUAUUAUGUGCUCAACAAAGAAUAUUAUCCACAAACAGUAUCUGUUGAACAGCAUAUUACAAUAAAAAAUCCAAAGUUUACAAUCGAAAAAAAUAACCAAGGCUUUUUCAUCAUACAUGACAAUAAAAGUGAGUUAUUUGAAAUGAUAUCUACGGAUUUCUUCUCAUAUCACAUCAAUUCUGAGAAAAAUAUAAUUGAGAUUUCAAUUCAAUGGAAUAAUCGAACAAUAUUAAGUCAAAACGAAAUUAAACUAUACUAUAACUAUAAAAACAAUCAGAAAAAUCUACUUGCAGAUGAUAAUUUUAGAAUCGAUGUUAGCACUUCAGAUCAAACGAUACUGUAUGGUUCAUACAAAUGGCUGAAGAUUUCUUAUUCUGUAUAUAAUAUUCCAGCCUAUAAUGCAUAUAUUUACUAUAAACUUGAUACAUCAUCAAACAUGCGUCAUUUUAAUAUAGUUUAUCGUGGUGAUAGUAGGGUUAAAACUUUUUAUUUGGAUAGUUCCUGUUUAUCUGUUGGCGAUCAUGUAUUAACUUUAACUGCAUUUAGUAAUGGCCAAACAGUUUCUGUUACAUUAGAAUUUACAAUUUACUUAAAUCAAGAAUCGCCAUUAUAUAAUUUAGCAAUAAAUCCAGCAGAAGUAAGAAAUAACAUUGACGAAAUAAUUACAUUAUCAGGAUACGUGUUGGAUUCUAGUAGACAAGGAAAAGCCAUAGUUCAUUAUUCUUCAAAUGAUAAUUUAGACAUACAUGGUUCAUUCGAAGUUGAAAUUUCUACUUAUGCUAAUGAGUUCUCACAUGAAAUCAAUCUACCCAAAAAUUUACAAGCCAGUGCUUAUACAGUUUCCCUUUAUGUAGAAAAAUCUGAUUUAUCAAAUGAAACAUCAAAUAUUUCAUUCGAAUGCACUUAUAAUUCAUUAAAGCUCGCUAUAACAACACCAGACAAUCAAGAGUUCAAGAAGAAUGAUGGUAAACAAUUUAAUAUCCAAGGAGCUAUUAAAGAUCAAGAUGGAAGAGGAAUUGUUGAACUUUACUACCGUUUUGAUGGAAAUAGGUAUAGUUUUCUAGAUAUGUUUGGUAUUUCAUCAGCAGAAAAUAUACAAAUUAAUUAUAAUAUAUCAUUCCCACAGAAUUUCCAAGAAAGUAACAGUCAUACUUUAACUAUUUUGGCAAGAGAAACUGAUCGUUCAUCUAGGAAGUCAAAUAUAUACAAAUUAAACUUCUCGUAUUUAUACAACAAUCCUAUAAUUCAACUUAAUCUAUAUCCUAAGUCAGAAUACACUAAGAAUACAGAUGAUAUCAUCACAAUUAAUGGAUUAGUUUCAGAUCUUGAUGGUAACGAAAUAAUUGAUAUUUACAGCAAGUUUGACGAUGAAGAACCAAUUAGAAUGACGCAGGUCCCAGUUGAAAUUAAAAAUGAAGCAUAUCCAUUCGAUUUCACAGUUCGAAUCCCUCCAUCACUUGCAGAGUCACAGCACAAUAUUUCUAUUUUUGCAGUUGAUUCGUAUCAAAAACAAUCGAAUAUUAUAAUUUAUACAUUUAGUUAUAGCUACAAUAAACCAAUUCUUACUAUAACAAUUCAGAAUGAUAGAGAAUACACAAAGAACAUUGAUACGUUUAUUACUAUCAUAGGUACCGUAGAAGAUGAUGAUGAAACAGGAACAGUUUAUGUUAAAUGCAAGUUUGAUUCUAAUGAUACUGAACAUCUUUUACAAUCAUUCCCAAUUACAACAAGAUCUUUAUAUGAUAUCAACACUAGCAUUAAUAUUCCAGCUGGUUUAAGUGAAGGAACACAUACAAUUAUCAUUUGGGCUGUUGAUGACGAAGAAAAGAAAACAGAACAACAAUCAUUUACAUUCAAAUUUAAUUACAAUACACCAUCAAUCAGUAUCACAACAGCAGAUGAUCAAGAGUUCAAGAAGACAUAUAAUGAAACAUUUCAUAUUAAAGAAAAAUAUCAAGAUGAAGAUGGAAGUGGAAAUGUCACUAUUUACUAUCAAUUUGAUGGAAGAGAAAAUAAAAGCACAGGAAAAACAUAUUAUAUUUCAUCAACUGAAUCUGAUUCAUUUGAAGCAGAUGCUCCAUUUCCAUCAGAUUUCGAAGAAAGUAAUAAUCAUACUAUAAAAAUAUGGGCGAUUGAUGAAACAAAUAAAACAUCAAAUCCUAUAACAAGAAACUUCUCAUAUAUUUACAAUGAUCCUGUUUUCAUAUUAUACAACUUCACUAAAAAUAAAUUCAUUCGAGGAAGUAAACUCAACAUCGACUUUAGAUUUGAACAUCAAGACAGCACUAAUUUGAAGUCACUCAAUAUAUCAUUUGAUGGGAUAUACAACAUCAGUUUAAAUAAAACUAUUUCAGCUUCUUCAAAUAAAAACAUCACUGAACAAAUUUGUAUCUCCAAAGAAAUUGAAAACGGAGAUCAUAAAUUAUAUAUUUCUGGAUGUGAUGUUCAUUAUCAUUGCAGUAAAUCAAAUAAAGUUGAACUCAUAAUUCUUAAACCAUUAUCAACUAAAGAAGUUGAUUUUGAGUUUGUUCGUAAUUUCAAGAUCCGACCAAAGCAAUAUUAUUAA